AUGGACACCUACAUAGAGCCGCUCGGGAAGGUUGAGAUGCGGCUGCUUGAACGACGCAAGAAGGAGUUCAAGGCCAUCACGCCUAGCGUUCUCCUCCGAAUCCCAGGGGGCUCAUCGUUCUUCAGUUCAGGCGCAAAUUACGCCGCGUUCGAGCACAGGAGCAUGAUGCAGAUAAUGCCGAUAUUGGUGGCUGACGAGAGUGCAUUGAAGGGUGGAGAGGAGGGAGAGCUGCGUGCUUUACAGGUCAAAGCGUUCCGGCUGUUUGCUGUGUUUUACAAGGCGUUUCUGGGGGUUGACAGGCACACACAUACAACAAUUGCGAUUGCCCGUCAGCAUGCGAUAGCGUUGGUGGAGUUGCUACCGCGGGCAUUUCCAAAGCAGGCAUCCCACUGGAGACUCCCAAAGAUACACAUGAUAAGGCAUUUACUGGACAACGUUGUGCACCGUGGGAUGCCGCACCAUUAUUCCACGGAAAUGUGGGAGCGCACGCACAAGGGCACGGUUAAGGGUCCAGUAAGAGGGAGCAACUGGAGCGACAUUCCACGCCGCAUUGUGGAGGAGGAGGUGCAGCGAGAGGUGUACCGUGAAGUGGCUGCAGACGCGGGGGGUGGGCGACAGUACGCGACCGCAUUGAGCGAGGCAAUCAAGACGAGGAAACCGGUGCUUACAAAGAAGUAUCGGAUCAUGCGCAUAGGCGGGGAGUCGGAUCCAGUGUACGAUGAGUACACCGCCGCGCUUGGAGACGAGAUGAAGGGGAUGGCCGAUGAGUUCAAGGCGUUGGGGCUGUCUACCAACAACGUGCAGGUCCACACGGCGGUGGCCAUUCCGCGCACAAGGGGCGGAGAGCUAGUGGCAAAAGGGACAUUUGUGAAGGCGUCUCCCCGAGAGAGGUGGUAUUCGGACGUGGCACUGCUGAACAACAAGAAGGGAGACUGGUUUGCAAGAUGUCUGUGCAUCUUCAGGGCGGUUGACCGUGAUGGGGAGUGGAAGGGGUACGCAUACGUGCGGUACUAUGAGGGGGCGGGAAUAUGCAAGCUUACGGGGUGCAAGCAGCUGCACAAGCAAGUGGAGAAGGUGAGCCGUGAUCGCAACACCCUCAUCCUAACCAUUCACGAGGCGCAUCGCAUCACAGGCGAGGUCGCGCGACCUGUCACGGAGCACGGCUUCAGUGUGCAGCACCUCACCAACACCCGAAUCGUCAACAUUCGUGGGUCGGUUCCUGAAGGGGGCCUUCCGCACCUGCAGGGAGUGGAGGAUGCGCUGAAAGGCCAUUACCGCGUUAUGCUCAUGAAGCGUGCGAUAGCGGCGAAGCGGUUCCAGUUCGACUAUUCGGCAUCCAUCGCUGACGUGGAUUAUGGCCUCAUGCUCGAGUGGCUGGGAGAAGCGUGGACUCGCGUGCGCGCAGCAACCAUGCAGAGGAGCUGGUGGCGCGCCGGAUGCGUGCCCCCGAGCUGGCCGCCACUGAUGGCGUACCUGAGUGACACGAGCGCAACGGGCAUGUUUGAGCCCCUCAUUGCGAUAUGCGUCGAGCUGCAGUUGCUCAUCGAGAAGUUCAAGAUGAGGCCUGCGUGCUAUAUGACGGCGGCCGAGUUCGUCAACUGCGACGCGGGACUCUGCGUGGAGCAGGGGUUCAGGGCCACACCUGCGGCCAGCGCGUCGGAUGACUCGUCGGGCGAGAUGAGCCUGCCAGACGGCCCACUGCUGCGUGACGAGCGCAGCAGGCGGCGCGUGAUUCGCAACGUAACAAAUGCGUACGUGGAGCGUGCCGACGCGCUCGGCAUUCCCCCGGCCCUCGUGCCAGCAGAGGUCGGAGCAUCUAACCAGGAGGUGAUUUCCCGCCUCGGCAGGAUGCCAAUCAAGCGUGCGUGCGCGGGGAUGCGCCCUGAGGACGUGCCAGACCCAGCGGUGCGCGAGACUGAGGACGACGAGUGA